AGCUGAUAGCGGCGGGCGCGGCAGUGUUGGGGGGUACUUGGCAGGCCGGUGCCCCUUGGCUGUUCUCAGCAGUCCCGCGGCAGCGCCGGCGCCAGGGCGGGGUAGGAUGAUCCCUCCGGAGGAGGCCUCCGUCCGCAGGAGGGAGAUAGAGGACAAGCUCAAGCAGGAAGAAGAAACGCUGUCCUUUAUAAGAGAGAGCCUUGAAAAAAGUGAUCAGCUCACAAAAAACAUGGUUUCCAUCCUCUCCUCCUUUGAGAGCCGUUUGAUGAAGCUGGAGAACUCCAUCAUCCCUGUGCAUAAGCAGACAGAGAAUCUACAACGUCUGCAGGAGAAUGUUGAGAAGACCCUGUCCUGUCUGGAUCAUGUCAUUAGUUAUUACCAUGUGGCUAAGGACACAGAGAAGAUCAUAAAGGAAGGCCCUACGGGGAGACUAGAGGAGUAUUUGGGCUGCAUGGCCAGAAUCCAGAAAGCUGUGGAAUAUUUCCAGGACAACAAUCCUGACAGCCCAGAACUGAACCGGGUGAAAUCCCUGUUUGAGAGGGGGAAGGAAUCUCUGGAGUCAGAAUUUCGCAGUCUGAUGACACGACACACCAAGCCAGUUCCUCCGAUCCUCAUCCUGGAUCUGAUCAGCGGGGAUGACGAGAUUGAUACGCAGGAAGAUAUGAUUUUGGAACACCUCCCUGAGAGUGUCUUGCAAGACAUUGUCCGUAUCUCCCUUUGGCUGGUGGAGUAUGGGAGAAACCAAGACUUCAUGAAUGUUUACUACCAAAUCCGCUCUAGCCAACUCGACCGCUCCAUCAAAGGUCUGAAGGAGCACUUCCGUAAGAACAGCUCCUCCACAGGCAUCCCGUACUCCCCCGCCAUUCAGAACAAGAGGAAGGACACACCGACCAAAAAACCCAUCAAGAGACCAGUCUUCAUUCCAGGCACGAUCCGGAAGGCUCAGAACCUUCUGAAACAGUACUCUCAGCAUGGUCUAGAUGGGAAAAAGGGGGCCUCUAACCUCAUUCCUAUGGAAGGUCAUGAGCAUGAUUUACGAGUUAAACACCUUUCCGAUACCCUGAGCGACAAGCAUGGGCCAGCUGCUGGGAGGGAUGACAUGUUGGACAUCGAGAUUGAUGCGUACAUUCACUGUGUUAGCGCCUUUGUGAAACUGGCCCAGAGCGAGUACCAGCUCCUGACAGAAAUCAUCCCAGAGCACCACCAGAAGAAGACCUUUGACUCCCUCAUUCAGGAGUCUCUGGAUAACCUGAUGAUAGAGGGGGAUAACAUUGUCUCGGCAGCCCGGAAGGCCAUCAUUCGGCAUGACUAUUCAGCUGUGCUCACCAUCUUCCCCAUCCUCAGACACCUGAAGCAGACAAAGCCAGAGUUUGAUCAAGUCUUGCAGGGCACUGCAGCCAGCACAAAGAACAAGCUUCCAGGGCUAAUCACUUCCAUGGAAACCACAGGUGCAAAAGCGCUGGAGGACUUUGCAGACAACAUUAAGAAUGAUCCGGACAAGGAGUAUAACAUGCCGAAAGACGGGACAGUUCACGAACUCACCAGCAAUGCCAUUCUCUUCCUGCAGCAGUUGCUGGAUUUCCAGGAGACAGCAGGCGCCAUGCUGGCCUCCCAAGUUCUUGGGGACACAUACAAUAUUCCUUUAGAUCCCAGAGAGACCAGCAGUUCAGCUAGCAGCUACAGUUCUGAAUUUAGCAGACGACUGCUCAGCACCUAUAUCUGCAAAGUAUUGGGCAACUUGCAACUAAACCUUCUCAGUAAAUCCAAGGUUUAUGAGGACCCAGCUUUGAGUGCCAUCUUCCUGCACAACAACUACAAUUACAUCCUUAAAUCCCUUGAAAAGUCUGAGCUAAUCCAGUUGGUGGCCGUGACUCAGAAAACAGUAGAGAGGUCUUACAGGGAGCUCAUUGAACAGCAGAUCCACACCUACCAGCGCAGCUGGUUAAAAGUAACAGAAUACAUCUCGGAGAGAAACUUGCCUGUCUUUCAAUCAGGAGUCAAGCUCAAGGAUAAGGAGAGGCAGAUGAUAAAGGAGCGUUUUAAGGGUUUCAAUGACGGCCUGGAGGAGCUGUGUAAAAUCCAGAAGGCCUGGGCCAUCCCUGACAUGGAGCAGAGGGACAAAAUCCGCAAGGCCCAGAAAACCAUUGUGAAAGAGACCUACAAUGCCUUCUUACACAGGUAUGGCAAUGUGCCCUUCACCAAGAACCCCGAGAAGUACAUCAAAUAUCGAGUCGACCAGGUGGGUGAGAUGAUUGAGAAGCUGUUCGACACAUCAGCAUGAACCACUGAUUAUCUCGUAUGCUCCCAUCUGCAAGUCAGCGCUUUCCCGGUCACCUCCAGGCUUCCUUUCCCGCCCCAUUCUGGUGGGCUGGUGUUAUACUUGUAUUUAUCAGAUUUAUAAACCCGCGAAAACACUCCA